CUCUCUGCUUCCCUUAUCUUCCCCUGCCCACAGCACCACCAUCAGCCAUAAUUAUAUGAACUAACCAACGAAGGAAUCCACCGAACCUUUCUUUCUCCUUUUUCUUUUUGUUCAUAUUUGUAUUCGACGACAACGCAAACUCGCAGCCGCCAAAUUUUACUCCGCCGUUGAAUUCUUCCUGUUCUAGUCGUCUCUCUCCAAAACAAUUUUUCUCUCUGCUCCAUCAGCAAUGGACUCUUUCUUCCCCCUGCCACUGAGAUAGGAAGACGGAGCAGAAUACUAUGGACGGCGAGGAUCCUCCCUCCUCCUCCGGAACUCCCCGCAAGACCCUUCUCCGAUCAGCCACCUGGACCUCCCGCUCGAUUUCCAACCCUAACCCUAACCCCAAUCCCCAACCCAGCCGGCCGCCCAAACCCGGCCGCCUCGCGCUCCCUCCUCCCCCACCCCUCGCCGCUUGGCCCUGCCCCGCCUCCGACGACUCCGGCCACUGGCCCGCCACGCCCUCCGCCUCCUCCACUCCUGCCGCUGCUGCUGCGGACGACGGCGACGGCGACGUCUCCCGCGUUGACGACCACGUCUACCUGGGUGGCGACUCGGUGGCACGUGACCGCGCGGCCCUCCGCCGCCACGGCAUCACCCACGUGCUCAACUGCGCCGGCGCCGCCUGCCCCGACCACUUCCGCGGCGAGCUCGCCUACCGGACGCUGUGGCUCCGCGACUCUCCCGCUGAGGACCUCGCCCCAGUCCUCUACGAUGCAUUUGACUUCCUCGAGCGCGCCCGUGCCGCCCCACGAGGCCGCGCUCUCGUCCACUGCCGCCGCGGCGCCUCCCGCUCCGCGGCCCUUGUCGUCGCCUACCUCAUGUGGCGCCGCGCCCUCCCCUUCGACGACGCCCUCCGAGCUGUCCGCGCCGUCCGCCCCUCCGUCGACCCCAACCUCGGCUUUGCCGCUCAGCUUCUCCGCUGCCAGCGACGCGUCCACGCCCUCCCCCCGACCCCCGGCUCCGCCGCCCUCCGCGCCUACCGCAUGGCCCCCCAGUCCCCCUAUGAUCCCCUCUACCUCGUCCCCAAGUCCGUCGACCUCAGCUCCACCGACGGCGCAAGCAUCCUCGAUUCCCGAGGCGCGUUCGUCGUCCACGUGCCCUCCGCCAUUUACGUCUGGCUCGGCCACUGCUGCGGACCGUCCAUGGCCACCGCUGCCGCCACCGCCGCGCUCCAGGUCGUCCGCUACGAGCGUGCCGAGGGUCCUAUCAUCACCGUCAACGAGGGUUCCGAGCCUGCAGCAUUCUGGGCCGCCCUCACUGACGAGCCCCUAUCCGCCGUUCCGGAAGAGAUCGUUGGAAAUAGGAGAGUGGAGCUUUAUGAUCUCGACUACGACAUCUUCCGCAGGGCUACGGCGAGAGCUAGAGCGGCACCACCACUCUCGAAGAUGUGGACAGGUCCCGAGACGAUAACCCCUGUGAAGGAUAGUGGUUGGUGCCGCUUGAGGCGCAAGUUCGCAAGCAGGGACUGGAAGGAUAUAAUAAAGGCAGUGGUGGAGCGCAGGAGUCUUAGAGAGGAGGAUCUGCGGGCAAGAAAUGCAGUUCGAUCUCCAGGGUCGUUCUCGGUUGAGUCGAGCACCACACCAUCAUCCUCGUCAGCUGAUUCUGCUUCGGUUCUGUCUACCUUCUCACCAAACUCGUCAUCUUCCUCAGAUUGGAACAAUUUGUCACCGCCAAGGUCGGAAUUGCAUAGGGCCUCACAAACUGAGCUGAAUCCGGAGUUGCAAUCUUCAAGUUCUGGAAAUGUGAAGGGGAAGGAUUCGAGAUCAUUAGCUGAACGCAGGGGUGGCAAUGCUCCUUCUCUGUUUCUAGUGCCAUCAGCCGGUGAUACCGAAGGAAGGCUCUCUUCAACAGAUAUUGUGAGGGACUGGUGCCUGUCUCCUCCUUUUAUUUCUGAAGUGGAAGAAUACCAAGAAACAUUUGAUUUAGAGCGACGACUCUCAUUAGGUGCUUCUGAUCCGGACGAUGAAGCAGAAGAUGAAACUUAUUGUGCUGAUGAGCAUAACCAAUUAAUUCAUCCGGUUCUUUUUAGGUGGCCAGAUAUGGAUAAAGUGGAAGAUGUUCACCCUGGUGUCCUCGACUCUGAAUCAAUAUUCUUGUUGUUAGCAUCAGAAUCAAAAUUGGGUUCGAGAAAACCAAUGAUGAAGAAAAUAUAUGUGUGGUUAGGACGAGAUAGUAGGAAUGAAGUUGGUAGAGGGAAUGAAGAAGAUGGGCAUAUAUAUUUGGAUAGGGCUGGCACUGAGUUUUUUGGUCGCAUGGGUACUCCAAUGGAUACUCCUGUACAGAUAAUUCGAGAAGGCCAGGAACCAGAGCAGUUUUUGAAUCACAUCUUUUCAUUCCACCAGGCUACAGAAAGCAGUCAUAGCUGAGGAUAACUGAGAACUACUAGGAAAGAUCCAACCUUCCUUUCAAGCAUGCCCAACUCACUAAUCCUUAAGUUAUGGAAGUUUUUCUUUGCUUUGUUUUCAUUUACCAGGGCAACAGUGUUAUACCAAGUGCAACCAGUUAAAAAUCAUCAGCCAUCACUAAAUGUGUGAAUGGAGCUGGCCAUUCAGGAAUAACAAGAGAAAUAAUUUCAAGUGAAAAUAUAUUGCAUCCUGUGCUUUUUUGUGCAGGUUACUAACAAGAUAUGUCACUUAGUGGAACUGCUGCUUCAACGUUGACUAAGCAAGGUAUGCAUACUUCCUCCCAUGGUCACUCUGCUAGUGGAAACCUGGUUGAGCCAAAGAUAGCAGUGUCGGGAGUUCUUUUCAGUUCCUAUGGAUCCUAUUCCUCCCUGCCUUGAAUUAGAUCUCUGCUGUCACAUUCCAGAUUUAGUCCCAAAUUGAGUUGCUGUUAUAGGAGUAGGUGGAUUUAGUUUCUACCAUAUUAACUCUACUGCACAUUGUGUGUCAGACUAACAUUGGAAAGUUCAUGUGGUUUUACUCCGCAAACCAGAAUACACUAGAGAAGUUCAUCAAUAAUGAGUUAUUCUUGUUGUGAGGUAGGAGGAAGUUUGAUUCCAAAUCACUGUUGCGUGAUGUUGGAUCAAUUUUUAACCUUCUUAACAAAAAAAAAAAAAAA